CCCUCCCGCGUUGACAUGACGUUAAUGGAGGCGUAGUCUGAACAGCAUCGCUCAGCUUCCUUAGUGAAUGCAAACAAGCGGGGCGGCUCGUAUAGUGUGUGUUGGUGGGUGAUGAUACGGGGCAGCGCGUCGUGGGCCGGCUCGGUUCGACUUGCUCUUUCGACACUGUUUGCCCUGCGGAGCUCUGCUUACUCGGCUGGAGGCAGCCCUGCUCUCUGGUGUGCCAUCUCCCCCGGAUCUCUCCGUAAGAGCCUCGUAACUACCGUCCCAAGUGACUGCGCCUGGGCGCCUACUCAGGUUUCCAUGUCGUCCACCCUACACAUCAAAUCCAGAUGCCCAGUGUAUCCUGGCUCACAGACCUCCAGGUUCCCAGUGCCAGAUGACAGAGUGAAGUGGAAGACCGAGUGGCCCGAGUACCGGCCGACCGUCUACACCGCCGCGGCCGUGCUAGCUCAACCGGAGUGGGCUGACCCUGACGUAGGAUCAUUCUGUCCGCAGUUCAACAUCCUGGAUGGAUCGGUAGAGCGCAGGAGCCACGAGGGAGAGUACAGGGUGCUGGACGGAAAGCCGCUAAACCCGCAUGGCCGCACUGGAUUGACUGGGAGAGGCUUGCUGGGACGCUGGGGUCCAAACCAUGCAGCUGACCCGAUAGUUACCAGGUGGAAGAAGGAUGGGGGUGGCCAGCCCGUGGUGAAUCCCCGCUCUGGGCUCCCGCUUCUUCAGUUUGUUUCCAUCAUGAGGAAGGAUUGCGGGGAAUGGGCUAUUCCUGGGGGGAUGGUUGACCCGGGGGAGCGCGUCUCCCUCACUCUGCAGCGUGAGUUUUCAGAGGAAGCGUUGAACUCUCUGGCUGCCAGCCCCCAGCAGAGGGCGCUGCUGCGCCAGCGCAUCGACAAGCUCUUCAGUUCCCCGGGCCUGCAGGUCUACAAAGGUUAUGUUGAUGACCCCCGAAACACAGACAAUGCUUGGAUGGAAACGGUGGCUGUGAACUUUCAUGAUGAAACAGGGGACAGUGUGAGCGAGCUACCAUUACAAGCUGGGGAUGACGCAGGUCAGGUGACCUGGAUGGACUUUGACUCCACCCUUUCUUACUAUGCCAGUCACUCCCAUUUCCUGGAGAUGGUUGCCAAGGAAAGACAAGCACACUGGUAACUGCCCAGACACUGUGAAAGUGACAAAGGUCAGAACCGGGGAAAUGUGGCAGGUUGUGUGUGUGUCCACCUGUAAGCAGCAUAACUGUAACCCUGUGUGAUGGCCAUGCUCGAGCUGCCCCCUACUGGCCGCUUUUUGGAAUCAGGACAUUUUGCUAAUUGGUUAGAUGUGAUGAAUGUCACGGCCAUUUAAGCCUCACACAUUCCAUCAUUCAAACCAGAUGCAAAAUUGAUAUUGAGAUCAACAUAACUGGGUAUAUGUGGAUACAUAGACAGGCGCCUGUCAAACAUUUGUGUGCAUGUGCAUGUAGACAGUGUACGUCUUUGUUUCCAUGGUUUGUAAUCUGUACUGGUUAAUGUGAACAUUCGUCCUGCUCAAGAUGGUUACCAGUCACCGGCUAAAAUAAUGAAUAAAGGAUGAAUACAGACA